UUCCCAUGAAGCCAUGGGCUCGGGCCUCCGGCUUCCCCGGUGACCAGUAGCCAAUGGGAGACGCCGCAGUGGGCACCCUGUGUGUGAGUCCAGCCUUGGGCCAGAGUGCCGGGUCUAGGCCUGGAAGCGCGAGGCGGGCAUUUCGGAAGAGAGUGGCGCGGCGUGGGGCGCCGCGAGGGCACUACGAGCCCAGGAACUGCCGCGCCGGCCCGAUUUUCCGCGGCUGUAUAAGGACUAGCGCUUCGGUAGCCGGGGAGCUGGAGGGAACCUGAUUUGAGAUCAAUUCUUGGAGAACACAAAGAAGUGUGAUGAGAGACAAUGAAGACCCAAGAGUAGUGACGUGAGCGGAGCGAAGAGAUUUGAGAAACAUUUAGGAGGAUUGAACCAGCUGCCCUUUGACCCUGCUAACAACAACGAGCCCCUGCAGUUUGGUAGUGCCAGUGGCCCUCUGGUCACAGAAGGCCUCAUUGAGAAUGGAGGGGAAUCAAGCAAGAAAAGAAAGAGAACAAAUACUCCUUCAGAAAUGACGACAGACCUAAGUUCACAGUUCAGGACCACACAAUGCAAAGAGAUUUUAGAUGGCUGUGGGUCUAUGAAAUAGGCUAUGCAGCCGAUAACAGUAGAACUCUGAACGUGGAUUCCACUGCAAUGACACUACCUAUGUCUGAUCCAACUGCAUGGGCCACAGCAAUGAAUAAUCUUGGAAUGGCACCGCUGGGAAUUGCCGGACAACCAAUUUUACCUGACUUUGAUCCUGCUCUUGGAAUGAUGACUGGAAUUCCACCAAUAACUCCAAUGAUGCCUGGUUUGGGAAUAGUACCUCCACCAAUUCCUCCAGAUAUGCCAGUAGUAAAAGAGAUCAUACACUGUAAAAGCUGCACGCUCUUCCCUCCAAAUCCAAAUCUCCCACCUCCUGCAACCCGAGAAAGACCACCAGGAUGCAAAACAGUAUUUGUGGGUGGUCUGCCUGAAAAUGGGACAGAGCAAAUCAUUGUGGAAGUUUUCGAGCAGUGUGGAGAGAUCAUUGCCAUUCGCAAGAGCAAGAAGAACUUCUGCCACAUUCGCUUUGCUGAGGAGUACAUGGUGGACAAAGCCCUGUAUCUGUCUGGUUACCGCAUUCGCCUGGGCUCUAGUACUGACAAGAAGGACACAGGCAGACUCCACGUUGAUUUCGCACAGGCUCGAGAUGACCUGUAUGAGUGGGAGUGUAAACAGCGUAUGCUAGCCAGAGAGGAGCGCCAUCGUAGAAGAAUGGAAGAAGAAAGAUUGCGUCCACCAUCUCCACCCCCAGUGGUCCACUAUUCAGAUCAUGAAUGCAGCAUUGUUGCUGAAAAAUUAAAAGAUGAUUCCAAAUUCUCAGAAGCUGUACAGACCUUGCUUACCUGGAUAGAGCGAGGAGAGGUCAACCGUCGUAGCGCCAAUAACUUCUACUCCAUGAUCCAGUCGGCCAACAGCCAUGUCCGCCGCCUGGUGAACGAGAAAGCUGCCCAUGAGAAAGAUAUGGAAGAAGCAAAGGAGAAGUUCAAGCAGGCCCUUUCUGGAAUUCUCAUUCAAUUUGAGCAGAUAGUGGCUGUGUACCAUUCCGCCUCCAAGCAGAAGGCAUGGGACCACUUCACAAAAGCCCAGCGGAAGAACAUCAGCGUGUGGUGCAAACAAGCUGAGGAAAUUCGCAACAUUCAUAAUGAUGAAUUAAUGGGAAUCAGGCGAGAAGAAGAAAUGGAAAUGUCUGAUGAUGAAAUAGAAGAAACGACAGAAACAAAAGAAACUGAGGAAUCAGCCUUAGUAUCACAGGCAGAAGCUCUGAAGGAAGAAAAUGACAGCCUCCGUUGGCAGCUCGAUGCCUACCGGAAUGAAGUAGAACUGCUCAAGCAAGAACAAGGCAAAGUCCACAGAGAAGAUGACCCUAACAAAGAACAGCAGCUGAAACUCCUGCAACAAGCCCUGCAAGGAAUGCAACAGCAUCUACUCAAAGUCCAAGAGGAAUACAAAAAGAAAGAAGCUGAACUUGAAAAACUCAAAGAUGACAAGUUACAGGUGGAAAAAAUGUUGGAAAAUCUUAAAGAAAAGGAAAGCUGUGCUUCUAGGCUAUGUGCCUCAAACCAGGAUAGCGAAUACCCUCUUGAGAAGACCAUGAACAGCAGUCCUAUCAAAUCUGAACGUGAAGCACUGCUAGUGGGGAUUAUCUCCACAUUCCUUCAUGUUCACCCAUUUGGAGCAAGCAUUGAAUACAUCUGUUCCUACUUGCACCGUCUUGAUAAUAAGAUCUGCACCAGCGAUGUGGAGUGUCUCAUGGGUAGACUCCAGCAUACCUUCAAGCAGGAAAUGACUGGAGUUGGAGCCAGCCUGGAAAAGAGAUGGAAAUUCUGUGGCUUCGAGGGCUUGAAGCUGACCUAAAUCUCUUUGCCUAACAACUUGGGAUCCUGAAGAUAAAUAUGUGUUGGACAAGCAUAGAAAGUGAUUUGUAUUUUUAAUGGUUUUCAAGUGGAAGUUCCUUUGAAUUUGUCAGUUCAUUCCUGGAAAAUCUUUUGAGUUAAAAUAAGGAUCCUAGGACAGCACCUCGAACUACAGGCCCUAAAGAGAAAUUGCCUCAAACCGCAAGUGCUGUAACUUCCUCCCCUUUCUGUCAAUUGGUUGUCUUUAAAUAUUGCAAAAGUCCUGAUGCUAAACAGUAUUUGGAGUGUUUUCAGUGUCUGUACUACUGUUGUAGACCUUGGUAUUUUUUUAAACACUGUUAACUGAAAUGUUUUGAUGAUUUGUAUGUGAUUUGUGUUUCUAAACUUCUCUUUACAUUAAUGUUGUUACUGGUGAAAGGCAUGAGAGCAGCACUAAGUCCUCUGUGUAACUGCCAUUGUCUUUCCGAUCCCCAGUAGACCAGUAAAUAAAUAACACAUCAGUGUCUUCUAGAAGGUGCCUGACCAGGUUCACCUUUUAAACGACAAAGCAUGGUUUGUGGCUUUUUGCAAAAUUACUAUGAACCAAAAGUUGACAAAUGUUCCAAAGUUAUUUUCUCUAACAUAUCACAUUAAAGAUCUGUUUCAGAAUUGUAAAAAGUACAUCUAGAUGUGUUUACAGAGAGCAAGUAUCCAGUAUGACUGGCAUGUGUUCAUGCUAUUCAGAAUCACUUGUAAAUAGUCUGCUUUUAAAGGAGGGCAUGUUCAGUUUUCUGUGAAUUAAAAUAUGCUCAUGUGUGGGCACACACGCACAAACACACACAGUGGCAGAAGGGAUUUAUAUUAAUAUUCUUUCCCCUCUGGCCUUCUUACAGUCUGUUGGUCCCUUUGCUUCUGUUGUCAGUGUGUUGAAUUGCAAACCGUGUACUGCUGUAAAUACUAUGUUUACUUCAUGCUGAAUGUUUGCAAAGACUUGAUAUAAGUAUUAAUAGUAAUGAAUCAAUGAAUAAAUAAUGAGCUAGGGUUUGUGAGGCUUUCUACAAAUAGGUCAGCUCCACCUGGAGUGCGAAUUGCCAGAGACACCUCGGUAGUGCCCAUCGGCAAAACGCAAUGGCAGCAUGUGAGUGGACCAUUCAGAAACUUCUGCUUGGUGGAAAGUAAACAGAGAGGAUGGAGGUUUGGGGCGAAUGUCCUGAGGCAGAGAUGGUCUUUAUUGUGUGUGGUGGUGGUUGUGGUAUUUAUAAUAAUGCAAGCAUACCCUCCCUUGAGUCUCAAUUGAAGAUAAAAGAAUGUACUGAGCAAGCAAAGCCAAUGGAGAGUAUUUCACGAAAAUACUUUGUAAAUGAGAUGCCAGUAGUGUUCAAAGUUGUAUUUUUAAAAGAUAAAUAUUCCUUUUUAUACCUCA